CAGAAAUGGUUCAGGCGACAGGACAGCCGCGCCGUCCGACGGAAGCUCCCCGUCCCCUUCGCAUCCUCCGCCCCCGCGGCGCCGCCUUCCCCAGCCGCUCCCGCCGGUCUGCUCCUACAGGCUACAGUCCUAGUACGGCAGCUCCUCCCUCGCGGCCGCGCGGCUCCGUAGCUCCGCCGUGCCGCUCUCCCUUGCUGGGUAUCUAUCCUGAUCCUGCAUCUCCGCUCCCCGCGACGCCUUUUACGCGACCAGAACCAGUGCCGUCCGGCGGCCGCCGGCGCCGCCUCUACACCCCUACAAUUCCAACAUCAGGUGCGUUCCCCGCUCGCGUCCGCGCACGAAGCCUUGCCCCGUUGUCCCCCUCAAAACCCUUCCUCAUCCCAUCGCUCGUACGUAUGCUCGCCGCCGCCUGGAGGCUGUCGCAGCGAGCCGUCACGUCUCCUCUCCUUGGCGUCGGCUGCUCCCGAAUCCGGAGCCCUUUCCCCGCCAUGGCGUCUCUCUCGCCGGCCGCCGCCGCCUCGCCGAAGAGGCUGAGGGUCUACUCGUCCGCCGCCGCCGACGGCGCGGGGAGCAGCAAGCGGGUGGGGACACACAACGGCAGCUUCCACUGCGACGAGGCGCUCGGCUGCUUCCUUAUCCGCCUCACCUCCCAGUUCGCUGGCGCCGACAUCGUCCGCACCCGCGACUCCCAGAUCCUUGAUACACUGGACGCCGUGCUUGAUGUUGGUGGUGUUUAUGAUCCCAGCCGGCAUCGCUAUGAUCAUCACCAGAAGGGCUUCAGUGAGGUUUUUGGACAUGGAUUCAACACAAAACUUAGCAGUGCUGGACUUGUGUACAAGCAUUUUGGUAAGGAAAUAAUUGCUAAGGAGCUUGGGAUUGAUGAGGACCAUGAAGAUGUUCACCGUUUGUAUCAUGCAAUAUAUAAAAGUUUUGUUGAGGGACUUGAUGCAAUUGACAAUGGAAUCAAUCAAUAUGACACAGACCAACCACCAAAGUAUGUGAACAAUACACACUUAUCUUCACGUGUUGGACGUCUUAAUCCAGACUGGACUGAUCCAGACCAGUCACCUGAGAAGGAGAAUGCGGCAUUUCAACAAGCAAUGAUUCUAGCUGGAAGUGAAUUUAUGGAGAGUGUUCGCUUUCAUGUUAAAUCAUGGUUACCUGCAAGAUCUAUUGUCCUGGAGUGUUUGCUAUCAAGAGGGGAGGUUGACCCAAGUGGAGAAAUCAUGGUUUUGGAUAGAUUCUGCCCGUGGAAGCUUCAUCUAUUUGAGCUUGAAGAGGAGCUGAAGAUUGAUGCUCUGACCAAGUAUGUGCUGUAUCAGGAUGUGAGGAGCCAGAGCUGGCGAGUGCAAGCUGUUGGUGUUGCUCCCGACAGGUUCGAGAGCCGAAAGGCUCUGCCGUGGAGGGGCAUGAGAGACGAUGAACUGUCUGCCGAAACUGGCAUUCCGGGCUGUGUGUUUGUCCAUAUGAGUGGUGUCAUUGGGGGCAACAAGACCUAUGAGGGAGCGUUGGAAAUGGCACGAGCUGCUCUGAAAUGCUGAUUUUUGAAGCAAAACAUCUAUCAGUAAUAGUCUUCCCCCAUGUUAGCGCUGGUUUAGUAAACUCGAGUUUCAGCAACACAUUAUGCAAUUAUGGCCUGCCCAUGUUAUCAUUGACUUGUAGUCGUAGCUGACAUGAGUCCUCAUUUUACGGAAGAGAUGGAUUUUUUUGGGCAAUCUGGUGAUGAUUUGAAUGCGGCAAUUUUAUUAAAAUGAAUGGUGUAACUCAUUCA